AUGGAACUCAAGCUCCUGUUGGCCCUUGGCCUGCCCAUUGUCCCGGCCGCCGCCGAGACGGUCCUCGGAAUCUACGUCUUCCACCGUCACGGCGACCGCACCGCCAAAAAGUGGCCCCCGGUCCGCUUCACUGACCUCGGCGCCGACGAGGUCUACAGCUCCGGCCUCUACUAUCGCUCCCGCUACGUCAGCUCCAACGCCUCCCAGCAGAUUCGCUCCCUGAGCACCGACGAGGUCCGCCCCGAGCAGCUCGCCGUCACCUCCCCCACCGACGUCGUCCUCCAGUCCUCCGCCUACGCCUGGCUGCAGGGCUUCUACCCUCCCGCCGGCACGGCCAACACCCUCGCCAACGGCACCAGCGUCGAGGCGCCCCUCGGCGGCUAUCAGUACGUCCCCGUCAACGCCGUCAGCACCGCCGCCACCUCCCAGGAUGCCGAGAACAGCGAGUGGCUCCAGGGCGGCAGCGGCUGCGGCAACGCCGUUGUCAGCUCCAACAACUACUUCUCCUCCCCCGAGUACAAGAACUACAGCGACGCCUCCGCCGACUUCUACCAGGGCCUGCUGCCCGUCAUCAACGGCACCUUCUCCUCCAAGACGGCCAUCUUCGAGAACGCCUACACCAUCUUCGACCUCGUCAACGUCGCCACCAUCCACAACGACACCAUCUCCUCCGAGAGCCUGCUGACGAACAGCACACUCGCCCAGCUCAAGACCUACGCCGACGUCCACGAGUGGAACCUGGCCUACAACGAGAGCGACCCCAUCCGCGCCAUCGCCGGCAAGGUCCUGGCCGGCCAGAUCCUCGUCGCCCUCAACUCGACUCUCGCCAACGCCGCCAAGGCCUCUUCCACCAAGGCCAACAUCCAGUUCGGUGCCUACGCCACCUUCUCCUCCUUCUUCGGCCUUGCGCAGCUGCAGAAGGCGUCCUCCAGCUUCACCGAGGUCGUCGACUACGCCUCCUCCAUGGUCUUCGAGCUCGUCACCAACGCCUCCGCCUCCGCCCCGGCCGCCGACGACGUCUCGGUGCGCUUCCGCUUCGCCAACGGCCCCGCCGGCCAGAACAACCUGACCGCGUACCCCCUCUUCGGACAGUCCGAGACGCUCCUCCCCUGGAACACCUUCGUCACCGAGAUGCAGAAGUUCGCCGUCAAGGACACCAAGGCCUGGUGCACCGCCUGCGGCAACUCCACGGGCACCUGCGCCUCUGCGCUUGGUCUGGACGGCGGCGCAAACUCCACCGGCUCCGGCUCCUCCAACAAGGACGCCAACGGCAUCUCUACCCCCGUUGCCGGUGUCAUCGGCGCUCUCGUCACCCUUGUCGUCGUGCUCGGCAUCGAGGCCCUGGUUAUGGCCAUCGGCGGUUUGCGCUUGGCCAAGAAGUCCAAGGCCAAGGACGUCCCUGCAACCUCUGCCGCCGAGACCUCCGGAACCAAGGCUUAA